GUAGGCAAAAACAAUUUGGCUUUGGUGAAAAUUGACCAUUUUUUUUCGUUUUGUUUAAAUGUUUUUGUAAGCAUCAUCAUCAACAACAACAACGUAAACGAUGAAAUCAAAAUCUUCAAGUAAAAAUAAAUCAAAAAUUUUAAAUAAUAAAUUUCAAAAUGAUUCUCAACAACAACAACAACAAAAUUAUCAUUCAAAUUUGUUGAGUUUGAAAAAUAUGUCCACCAACAAUGAUGAUAAUAAUCAUUCGAAUCAACGACUAUUUCCACCGAUGACAACACCGACACAAAUAACACAAAAACUACAUCGUAAUCGUACAGCAUUCAGUGAAUAUCAAUUACAUUCAUUGGAAAAAGAAUUUGAACGUACACAUUAUCCGGAUAUAUUUGCAAGAGAAAAAUUAGCAACCAAAAUUAAUUUACCUGAAUCUCGAAUACAAGUUUGGUUUUCAAAUCGUCGUGCUAAAUGGCGUCGUGAAGAAAAAUUUCGUAAUAUUAAUUCAAAAUCAACAAAUUCGAUAAAUGAAUUCAUGGUGAAUGAUGAAAAACAACAACAACAACAACAACAAAAAUGUAUAAUGAAUUCAUCAACAACCGAUUUUUCCUAUUCAAAUAAUGAUUCAAAAUCAUCAUCUACAUCUACAUCUCCACCAACGAUACAUCAACAUUCGAAUUCAUCAUUAUCAAAAAAUCAAACAUUCGAUUUAGCGAAAAAACCUGAAACCACGACAACAAUCAGUCAACCAUCAUAUUUACCAUCAUCGUCAACAGCAUCAGGAAGUGAAUCAUCAUAUUCGAAUAAUUUUUUGGGAACAAUAUUCCAUAAGUUUGGUGCUAUUCAUGAACAAUUUUCACCAUCAGCAACAUCAACAAUUUCAUCAUUUGUCGCACAGCCACCACCAUCUAUCAGUUCGACAUCUUUGAGUCCACCGCCACCAGCAGUUUCAUCAAAUUCCUCUUCAUCAUCAUUAUAUUCGAAUGUUUAUAAUAAUAAUGUUUCGAAUGUUCCAACAAUCUAUAAUAGUAGCUGGAAUUAUUCAUAUGGAAAUGAUUUAAAUCAAAAUUCUUUACAUGGAAAUACUCUAUCGACAAUUCAAACCCCUUAUUCUGCUGCGGCUGCUGUCCAGAAUACAGAUUGUAAUUAUUUCACUCAUCAUCAUCAUCAUCCGAAUCAUCAUUAUUCGAAUUCUCAACCGCCAACAUCAUCAACAUCGACUAUGAUAACACAACCACCACCACCACCACCA